AUGUUUCAUUCCAAAGACCCGGAGAAAGCUGUCGAUGGGAUUGUUGGUGGUCCGGCACCGGGCAUACUCAAAACCGAGCAUGAAGCCCGUGACGGGGAAGACCCGGAGAUAACGUCUUGGACCACUGACGGUACCGACGACCGCCUGGUGCGGUUGAAGAAUGAGUACGGAUCAACAUGGGCGUCAUCCACAGACACCUCCGAUCCUUACAACUGGCAAGCUUCACGCAAGAUCACCAUGGGAAUUAUAUUCUCUUUCGGUCAACUGAUACCCAUAAUGUCUGCAAGUAUGAUCGCACCAUCGCUUCCUGCCAUCGCUUCCGAUCUCGCCAUCAGCGCUUCUACCGCCCAAAUAACCAUGUCGGUAUACUUCCUUGGCAUGGGCAUCGCGCCGUUCUUGAUCGCAAGCGCCAGUGAGAUAUGGGGAAGGAAGCCAGUCUGGCUGAUAUGUAACGCUUGGUACGUGGCCUGGAACACAAUUUGUCCUGUGGGAAGGAACACUGGCUUGAUGAUCGUUGGGAGGUUUAUGACCGGAGCUGGUGCGAGUGUGGGCGUAACGCUCAAUGGACCAGUCAUGGCAGAUAUGUAUGGCGAGAACGAACGCGGCAAAUCCCUGGCCAUGGUGACGCUACUGCCCUUCCUUGGUCCUGCUCUCGGACCAAUCAUCGGUGGUCUUGUUACCCAUUCCCUCCAUUGGUCGUGGGUCUUUUGGAUCAUGAGUGCUUUCAACGCAGUAGUCCUAAUCGUUGGAUUCUUCUUGAUUCGCGAAUCAUACACACCAGUCUUGCUCCGUCGCAAAGCCUUAGCCGAGGGUGGUAACGUCCCAACCACCAAAGCUGAGCGUGCUCGCAUUGCGCAGAACCUCCUGCGUCCAAUCCGCAUCUUUAUGACAAGGCCUAUCACCUGGCUUAUCUCACUGACCGCGACGUUGUCUUUUGCCGUCUAUACACUCAUGCUCGCUACUUACGCGUCGCUGUGGAUCGACAAAUACGGUCAAUCUGAGCUUGUCGGCAGCUUACAUUAUCUCUCGGUUGCAAUAGGCUCGACCCUAUGUGGUCAACUGGGCGGCCGCAUCAUGGACUGGUCGUAUCGAAGACAAGCUAAACGGACUGAUGGAAAAGGCGUGCCUGAGUUCCGCAUCCCCUACAUGGUUCCAGGAAUGAUCAUCAUGCCAGCCGGUCUCUUCUGGUAUGGGUGGUCGGCCGAGCGCACACUCCACUGGGCGAUGGUCGAUUUCGGUGUUGUUAUCUUCACGCUGGGUAGCUUCAUCGUGAACCAAGCAAGCAUCGCAUACCAGAUUGAGGAGUUUGGCCAGUUCGCAGCUUCCUCUGGUGCAGCAAUUCGUUCUGUUUCGUAUGGCCUCGCAUUUGUCUUUCCGGUUUUUGCGCCCGACAUGUACAACAGUCUGGGAUAUGGUUGGGGUAACAGCGCAUUGGGUUUCGCCUCGAUUGGUUUGGGAUUACCAGCAAGUGCUGUGCUGUGGUUUUGGGGCGGUAGGAUAAGAGCUGUUGGCAAGUCAAGCUGA